AUGGAAGUAUGGGAUGAUAUAGUGACAAAUAUCUUAUCUUUUAUUCCUUUAGACCAUGCACGUGAGUGCUUGAAACCUGGAAUAAAAGUAAUAACUACUGUAAUGCAAGACAUCUUGAACCUGAAUCCUGAUAUUGAUUUUACAGUGGAUGCGAAUUAUAUGGCAGAUAACUUGUGCGCAAGGUAUGCAGAUGAUGCUUAUGUUCUUCGAUUCAAAACUAAUAUCGUUAUAAAAUUUAGGAUAAUUCAAGCCUUCUUUGAAGUAAUAUCAAAAGAUUACGGCACGGCAUUUUUCUCUUUUCGUUGGAUCUUGCAAUUCAUUUCCAGUGUAAGGAGCAAGUUUCCUAAUGACCUGAAUGCGACAUUCAUUAACUCGAGUGAAAUAAGUUGGGUGGUAAGACAGGUGUCAUUGUAUCUGUCGAAGUGUUUGAACCUAGAUUUUAACCAGAAAAAACGAAUAAAAUAUGUGUCGUCACGGUGUGUGCGUGUUAAUCGUUUAGAUCUAUUCAAGGGUAUUCUCUAUACAAUCUUAGAAAACUCAAAUGACUGCAUACCAACUCAAGACGACUUCAUGCACAGACACAUCACAGCAGAAUAUUUCAAAGUGUGUGCGGAAAUUUAUGAAGCCAUUGCAUUGCUUGAUGGAAAGUUGAUUAACUACGAGCAAGCAGACGAUCUUAAAGUUGCAGUUAUUAUGCCACAGAGAAUGUUCUCUAUAUACAUGACACGCCAUUAUAUGAUUGCUGCUCAGCAUUACACAGUAGAUGAUCCCAACAGACUUGUAUGUUUCCAUAAAAUUCUUAUGGGCCUAUUCUUCGUCAAUAGGAUAGAAAUUGAGACAUACAACUUCUUCUAUUCUCAGCUACGUGAAUGUGCGAAGAAUAUUAAAGAUAGUCAUAUCUCAAAUGAUUACUCGAAUUUUCCUCUAUCUGGGACUUUUGUCAAUAUUAUAAAUUCUGUAGGAUUGCGAAGACAUACCCUAAAAUUCUUACCAACAGUUUUGAUCCGUUUAGCAACUAAUGAAGUCAUUAUGGAUUCAGAAUUUAGUUCAGAAUCAAUAUGUCGGCCGGUGUGUACAAAAGAAGCAGGAAAACUAAAACGCAAAGUUUUGGGCUCUAACUAUGAUGACAAUGAUCAUAUAGGAUUGGAAGAUAUGAGUACCUAUGACUUAAUAUCUUUCUGGAAACAAAUAAAAACGUAA